GCAUCAAAUGACACAUCAAGUGUCACACUAAAAAUGUCAUCCCCUGAAUCUGUUUUUUCACGAAAAGAGCAGUGGCCAAAAGACUUUGCAAUUCCUCAAUUUUCCUUUGAGACUGAACUCCAGCUAGAGCAUGGAAAUGCUGAAUACCUUACAAGCGGGAAACUGCUUACUCUCAGCUCUCGUACAAAGUCUGAUAUCCUAAAUAGACUUGCAGAGGAAAUUUUCAAAUACAAGGCCUACCCAGAGGACACACACUUCUACAUAGUCGCAGAGGCCUUGAUCAAGAAGUACCCUUGUCUGAAAGAACCUGGCUCUUUCAGUGUAUGGUCUGGUUGGAAACAGCGACUGAAGUAUAAAAUGGGAAAUUACAGGACCCAACUCAAAAUGCAGGGGUGUGUAGAGGUGUCUGUUAACUCGCUGAAAGCCAAAGCAGCGACAGAUGGUUUCCCUGCAAAAAAAAUGAAGAAGCCGAAACGUGCAGAAGCAAACUUUUACCCUUCCCUUCCUGUUGGACAGACUUGUGAGAGUCUUGAAAAAGAAAGACUUGAACUUUUAACAGAGGCUGAAAAAAGGAAAAAUGAAAGGGUUGUCAAGGAGAAAAUGGCUCUCACGUUUGCUUACAGACGGCAGGAGGUAGUGAACCAGGAGCCCAGUGUUAGGGAUUUCAAGGCGAGGUGGCCUGCGCUUUUCAGACAUUACGAGAUCAAUGCAGAGUUCCAUAGGCUUAUGGCUGUUCCACUAGAAGACACGUUCCUUGCCCAGUUAGAUGUGCACAUGAGUCAACUAAUUAGAGUAAUCCGUUUAAAAGGAGGUGCAACCCGUGAGAAGACUGCAGAAAUUCUUCAGAUUUUGGAUCAGACUGAAAAUAUUCACACGAAAAGAGAGUGUGUCCUGAAGGCCCUCAUCGUUUUCCUGGGGGAAAAUCCUCAAGACCUUAUCAAGGAGUACCUUGAGAACCAGCGAGAUGAUUGUGAGGGUGAGCUGGAGCAGCUCACCAUGGCGGUGUAUGUUAUUCGGAAGGAGGGGGGAGAACAUCAUGAACCACCGGCUGACAUAGGUAUCAUCAUUGAGGGUGUUAAAGUUUUGAAUGAACUGCCGUCGUUCACAUCAGCUUGUGCCUUGCUUCUCGGGAUGAUAUACAUCAUCAAUCUGGCUUACCCAAAACCACUUCGUUUGACAUUCGAGGUAUUCCAGAAAGUUCUCUUGCAGCUUGAUCAGCACAAAAUGUCACCAAAAGUUCAAAGUCUUUUCAGUAAACUACAGUGAACUUGCAGUAAUGUUUGAAUGUGCAUAUGCCUAGUCUGUGUUUGAAAAAAUGUUUAAUUUGUUUUCUUAUGUUUGUAGACUAUCCAUUUGUUCAUUCAUAUGUCUAGUUUGAAUGUGUAGUUGGAUGUUCG